AUGGCCAACAUCGUCACCCGGCCCCUUGGCAUCUUCCGCAAGCACGACUCCUCCAAGCCCCAGUCGCAGCAGCAAUCACGAUCCCUACACACCAGAUGGGGCGACGCAGCCAUCUCCGCGCCAACUGACGGCUCCUGGACCCAAUACACUACCUCAACCCCUCACCAAUCUUCCUCCUCGACCCGCAGGAGCAAGAGCAAGAGCAAGAACAAGGACAAGAGCAUGGACAAGCCAGCCUACGAAGUGGAAUACGUGCCUCGCACGCAUCAACUCAUCGAGUCACGCCCAAGCUCAACCCUAACCCCAACCUCCUUGUCUCGGCGUCUCUCCAUACGACUGGCGCCUAGAUCCAAGAGCUCCCGCUUGGACUGUGACACAACCGAACGCCAACCCCUCGUCGAGCGACGGGCCCAGUUCGCCUACAAACCCAUCCGCCAGGAUUAUCCCAGCGAAGUCGCCGAAAAGACAGCAGCGGCGCCUCGAAUCACCGUCAACAGCCUCGACAAGCGGCCUUCAUCUCCAUCUCCCGCUUCGUCUCUGGAGCCGACGCCGUCGCCGUCGCCGUCGUCGUCCCGGUUCCGGUAUAUCCCUGCCUACCCGCGGUACGAGGAGGAAUUCGCUCGCUCGCGCUUAUCGUGCGCGUACUCGGUCUCUUCGGGGGGUAGCUUCCGCGCUGGAGACGAUGAGAACUGGGACGAGGGGUUCAACCAUGCCUGUGAGCGGGUGGACUCCAUCUCCGGCUCUCGGAGGAGUGGUUCGUCGGCGUCCGCGGCGAAGAAGCGUGUCUCCGGCAGACGCAUGACCAUGACUAUGGUGCCUGAUGCGGAGGAAAUCUACGGAUGA